AUGGCGGUGCCGCGGCUCCUGCGGGCAGCAGCCCCGCGGCUCUACAGCAGCGUACCGGCCCCGGCGGCGGCGGCCCGGCCCCGCGCUGUGGAUGACAAGCUGCUGUCCGAGCCUCUCAGCCAUCCUGACUUCUUUAACGUGAAGGAGCUCUUCUCCCUGAAAGAUCUUUUUGAUGCCCGGGUGCACUUGGGGCACAAAAAGGGAUGUCGGCAUAGGUUCAUGGAGCCCUACAUCUUUGGCUGCCGCCUGGAUCAGGACAUCAUCGACUUGGAUCAGACGAUGCAGCACCUCCAGCUGGCCCUCAACUUCACCGCCCACAUCGCCUACCGGAAGGGCAUCAUCCUCUUCGUCAGCCGCAAACGCCAGUUCUGCCACCUGGUCGAGAGCACGGCACGAGAGUGCGGGGAGUACGCGCACACCCGCUACUGGCAGGGCGGCCUGCUCACCAACACCCACAUCCAGUUUGGGUCUGGUGUCCGCCUGCCCGACCUCCUCAUCUUCCUCAGCAGCCUCAACAAUGUCUUUGAGCCCCAUGUGGCGAUCCGGGAUGCUGCCAAGAUGAACAUCCCCACGGUGGGGGUGGUGGACACGAACUGCAACCCCUGUUUGAUCACCUACCCCAUCCCCGGGAACGAUGACAGCCCCACAGCCGUGGAGCUCUACUGCAAGCUCUUCAGGAUGACCAUCAUCCGCGCCAAGGACAAGAGGCGACAGAGUGAGGUCUUCGAUGAGCUGCGGAGCAAAGCAGAGAGCAACUAGAGCCUUAGGGACAGGCUCAGCUGUGCCCAGCAGCUUGGUGAUGGGUGUCCUGCUCCGCUCCCGCAGGCGCUGCAGGACUGAUCCUGCGCCCAGAGCACCAGCUUUCGGCAGAGCUGGGCUGGUUGUGGAAGGGACCCCCCCAGCUCAGCCACUGCGUGGAGAUCCCGUGGCGGUCACAGUUGCAGUGGGUCUCUAGUUCAAAAAAAAUGUCUCUGGAGCCAUGCAAGGGGAGAAGGAACCAAGCCAGACCCAGCCCUUGUCUUUGUGUUUGUCCCUGUUGCAAGGAGGCUCCUCAGUCCUGUGGCCUUCCUGUUCCUGAGCUUGUGAUCUCACCUGAAACCACUUGUAUCUCGCGCCUCUUCCUGACAGUUCAAAUAAAGGGCACUGUGAGCCUA